AUGCGUGUAUCUAAACAAAAAGUAACUAAAUUUAGUGAUGUUAGCAAUCAUCGAUGUUAUAUCAUCAAUUUCAUCAUCAUCAUUAUUAUCACUUUGCUUAUUGCAAAUUACUUGAAGUUAACCAGCAAAUGUGACGCUUUAACUGAAAAGUUGAAAAAUAUUAGAACUGUUCAUAUGAAAUUAAAAUCGUUUGGAUUAACUCAAUCGGUUAGUUCUUUGAGUUCCGAACAUAUUUUUAGCAACGAACUUAAGUAUUUAUUGUUGACUGUGAUUACAGCUUAUUUUUAUCAUGAUGAAACACCGCAAGGAUUUUUUGAAGAUCACGGAUUGGGUUAAAAAUUAAAAGCUUUGACGCUUUAAACACACUUCACAUACUUCAAACAAUUCCAACUGUUCUAGUGUUUAUCUUUCAGUGAAAUUAUUUACUUAAAUAGUAUUUUUUAAUUCCUCAGAAAUAAUUUUAAUUAUCAAUGCAACGAAUUAUGGCGCAACACUUAAAAAGAAAGCUCAAUUAAUAUUUACUGCAAAUAAAUAAUUUGUAAUUUUAAUACAUAUUCAUACACUUGAUGAACGAUGAAAUUUUCCAUGUGAUCGUGGUCAUAACCGCAACAAAUUGAAUAAUAUUGCGCAUAAUUAUUUUAAUAGAUUUAUUUGAUAACAAUUUAUUGUUGUACUUAAAAUAAUAACUUUUGAUCUGUAUUGAGUCUCGACAUAGAAAUAAAUUAAACUUAUAAAUAUCUUAGACAUUUUAUUUUCUCGAACAAUAUUCAGUGGCAAGGAAUCUGAAAAAUAGUUCAAUGAAAGUUUUUAAAGACGACACUUUAAUUAAUUAUAUAUUUUCAGGUCGUAAAAAUUAUCUUCAUGAUAAAUUAAUUUUUAAAAAAUACUUUCUUUAUUACAGCGCAAUGUAUAAAUUUUUAAUGAUAAUAGUGAAAAAUUCAAUCAAUUUAUUAUCGAAUAUUUUUGGCUCUCUUGUUAUUUUUAAUCAUAUUGGUAAUGUCGAUGAGACUUGACUCUUGAAGAGAGAUCCGAAGAAUUUAAAUCCACUUGCUGAACCUUUAGGCACGACGCCGAAGAGCAUGAAACCAAGAGAGAUGAUUUGAAUUAUAGCAAAGCAUACUGUGAAUGCUGUGCUUUUAGCCCACAUAGCAAAAUAUAACGUAAGAAGUAAGCUAAGUGAAUAGCAAAUUGAUGCUGCUAGUUUCUGCUUUGUAAACAUACUUUGUAGCAAUGUUUUAAAUCCAAUCAUAAACGAUACACCAGCUAUGAAGAGUGCGCUUGCCAUUGAAUAAAGUAAAGCAAACUUUCUCGCUUUAAACAUUAAAACGGGAAUAUAAAAUGUUGACACAACUAAGCAGAAUAUUCCAAGUCCGAAACAUAUCACACAUCCUAUCAUUCUUUGUAGUCUAUUUAAUUUGGGACACCAUCCGUUGUCGUCAUCAUUCAGCCAGGAGUUAUUUGAACUUGUACUUUCAGAAUUUCCACCGAAAACGCUGGGAAGUUUUGGCAUUUUCAUAUUGAGUUUAUAACCUGGAGCUUUUCUCUCUUCAUUCAUUAACAUAUAUUCAUCUAGAUCAUUCUUUAGAUUGGCCAUUUUUAAUAAUUAUUAUGAUCAACUUAUUUAUUGAAACUU